AUGGCAAACGGAUUGGAUGGGGCUCCAUCCCCACCCCAUUGGCUGCUGAUAUCACGUCCGCAAAUUGGGCUGGUUGCUGUUUGUGGUCGCAACACAGCGGAGAAUAUCUCACGGGUGCUAUACCCCAAUGACAACUUCUUCCAGGGCAAGGAGCUUCGCCUAAAACAAGAGUACUUCCUUGUUGCGGCUACCAUUCAGGAUAUUAUUCGACGCUACCGCAUCACAAUAAAUGGGCCACGGUCUCUCGACCGUCUUCACGAGAAGGUUGCUAUUCAAUUGAAUGAUACACAUCCUUCCUUUGCCAUCCCUGAGAUGAUGCGUGUUCUGGUCGACAUUGAAGGCAUGGAAUGGGAAAAGGCCUGGAAGAUCAGCUGUGCCACCUUCGCGUACACAAACCAUACCAUCUUGCCUGAGGCUCUGGAACGCUGGCCUUGCAGUAUGCUCCAGCACAUUCUUCCGCGUCACCUGGAGAUCAUUUACCGCAUUAACCAUGAGUUUUUGCAGCUGGUGCUGGCUAAAUGGCCCGGAGAUUUGGAUCGUAUGCGUCGGAUGUCUAUCAUUGAGGAGGACGGAGAGAAGCGCGUCAACAUGGCCUAUCUUUGCAUCAUCGGUUCUCACGCUGUGAACGGCGUCUCAGAGGUCCACACGAAUAUUCUCAAACGCGAAACGUUCCACAGCUUCUACGAACUGUGGCCUGAUAAGUUCCAAAAUAAGACCAACGGCAUUACGCCAAGGCGUUGGCUCCUGCUGUGCAAUCCUUCGCUGUCAGAUGAGAUUAUGGAGGCCCUGGGAGAUGACAACUGGAUCACACACUUUGAGCGGUUGAAGGAUCUUCGCAAAAUGUCGGACAAUGUCGGAUUUCUGCUCAACUUGAUGCGUAUCAAAAGGGAUAAUAAGGCCAAGUUUGCCUCAUACAUGGAACAGCAUCAGAACGUUAAGAUCGAUCCCUCUACAAUGUUUGAUAUUCAGGUAAAGCGCAUCCAUGAAUACAAGCGCCAGCUGUUGAACUGCUUCUACGUGAUCGCGCAGUACAACCGGAUUAAGGCGAAUCCGAACUUGAAGAUGGUGCCGCGUACUGUAAUGAUUGGUGGAAAGGCGGCGCCUGGCUAUCACAUGGCCAAGUUGAUCAUCAAACUCAUCAACUCUGUUGGUAAAGUGAUCAACAAUGACCCUAUUGUGCGUGGAAGACUCAAGCUUGUGUUUCUGGAGAACUACCGGGUUUCCUUGGCUGAAAAGAUCUUCCCCGCGGCGGACCUGUCGCAGCAGAUCUCCACUGCCGGCACUGAGGCAUCGGGCACUGGCAACAUGAAGUUCAUGCUCAACGGAGCUCUCACUUUGGGCACAUUGGACGGUGCCAACAUUGAGAUGUGCGAGGAAUGCGGACGAGAAAAUAUGUUUAUCUUCGGCAUGACUGUGGAACAGGUUGAGGAACUCAACCGCAAAGGCUACAAAUCUCAGGACUUCAUCAAUGCCUGCCCCGAAUUGAAGCAAGUUUUGGAGCAGCUGAAUAGCGGCUUUUUCUCACCCGAACAGCCGGAUCUUUUCAGGGACAUCUAUAAGACCAUGAUGUUUGGCGACCGCUUCAUGCUCUGUGCCGACUUUGCAGACUACAUGCGGGCUCAGGCUGAGGUUGACAAGGCCUAUGAGGACGAGAUGCGGUGGGCACGAAUGGUUCUAGCCAACAUUGCGGGUGCAUGGAAGUUCUCUUCCGAUCGCACCAUCCGAGAGUACGCCCAUGACAUCUGGGGAGUGGAGCCGCGGGAGGAGAAGAUGCCCGCGCCUUUUGAGAAUGUCGAAGAUGCCGUACCUGCCCAGACCCCUGCCGCCGCCAAGUAG